AUGAUGGUUGCAAAGUUUUUUUGUAUACUCAUUUCAGCUUUUCAAGUAAAGGGCUACUGCUCCACUGGAAAAUGCGAAAAGAUCUCUUUUGAUGAGCAACAAGACGCCUAUCAUGACAAAGAGCUUGUCGGCCAUGUCCUCCACAAUUCUGUGAGUUCAAACCCACAACAGUGCUAUCUGUGGUGUAUCAACGACUGUCGAUGUCUGUCGAUAAACUACAAGGUCAAGAACAACAUCGAAUACUGCCAGUUGAACGAAGGCAGCCAUUUUACCGAAAAGAACUCUCUGAAAAACAUCCACGGAAGCGUUUACUAUGUACUGCGUAGAGAAUACUCCAAUGAGGUACCAAACUUUACUAUGUAAUAAGGUGUUUUGAACGCAAAUGGUUUCAGUCUUCAUCUUGGCAUAACAGCUCAUUUUUUUUUCUUAACUUGAUAUCGAGGAAGCUUCUACCUGACGAUAGACUAUACAAUCCGAAUCAUGUCAUUUAAAGGCAUUCGCUUGCAAUGUAAUAUGCCUCUAAACCCCGUCAAAACUUUACCUUCUAAUGGAUGGUAAGGUUAUCUCUAAAAGUGUUUAAGAUUAAUCGUUUUCUUUUAAAAUUAAUGUAACUGCUGCCAACUGAAAAUUUGAAAAAUUUCAGUUGAUUAUUGGGAAAAACCAAAAACUAGGAAAUUGAACUAAAAAAUAUAUAUUUUUCGAAGUGUGCAUUUCAAGUUCCUCUUUUAUUCGGGUCAUGAAGGUAGAAAGAUUUCCUCUUUUAAAUUCUCAUGAAUAAUGGAAUACGAAAAUGGAAUCGAAGUUAAAAACUUCAAAAAAUUUCAUAGAAUUUAAGAGACGACAAAAAAAUUCAAUCAAAGAAUUAAUCCUGACAAUUACAUUAGCUUCUAACUUGCGAGGAUCAUUUUUAACUUUGCACUCGUGUCACAAGAGAAUGCACUCGUUUUCAGCCACUCUGAAGCGCCUAAUUUUUAUAUUAUACACAUUUUUAGGCUCCUAGCCACAUUGUUCCUUGUGCUAAUGACUUCACGUGUACCGAUGGCUGCUGCAAGAACAAUCCGUGUCUUAAUAGAGGAACCUGUACUGAGAUCUGUCAACCCACAAGUGUUCGGCACGACUGUUCCUGUCCUGUACCGUUUGUUGGAAAACACUGCCAGAUUCAGCUGAGAAGAAGCUGUCAAGAUUACAAAGCAGCCGGGUCCACCGCCUCUGGAUUGUACACAGUUGACAAUGACAAUAAUCAAACCUUCCAGGUGUUCUGUGAUUUUGACUCAGAGCCUGGGUUCGCUUGGAACCUGAUUGAGUCCUUUAGUUUAUCCAACAAACGUCGUUUUCAGGUAUUUACUUUCUCUUUAAAUAUUUUGUAAAUAUACAUUAGAAGAGCGUAGGACGAAAGCUUCCUCAGUGGAAAAAUGUGAAAUACAUUCAAUCUCAUGUUGCUUCCAUGAGUUUUGUUUUCAUAAGCGACAGUUUUGACAAUGAUCAUCACUUCCUCAUCAAUUCUACUUCCUCUACAGAAGGACAUCGUGUUUUACGAUGACUACCAAGCCAUCAGCGGUGAUGCCCCAAAUUAG